CCUCCGCGACAGUAAAACGUGUGCUCCGCCCGCCCGCCCGCUACGAUAUGGGCACAGCAAGCCCCGAGAUUUGGAAAUUGGAGCACACGGUCUAUCGAAGUCAACGGAACCACGCACACACGCCUACACCACGACGCCGUUCGAAAUUCGUUCUCCUCCUCUAUGCCCAUGCCACUCUCGCCAUUUGGCUCAUGGGGCCAGCAUCCGGGUUCGUUUUGAGACUUGCUGGCGGCGGGGAAAGCCACGCGACGGAGAUAACGAACGAAACAGCUUGGUGGCCCUGUCGCUACCCCCGGUACACCCGGCUGCUGGUAGGGGCAGGGCUUGCUUUUCUGGCGUCAUGGCGACAAUGCUCUCAGCGGUAGAAAACUUGCAAGGGCAACCAGCAUCUCGUCCGGAGGGUGCAUUGCUGGCUGGAUCCAUGGAGGGCACAGAUAAGGAGAGCGGGGGGUGUUCCCAUGGCGCCGAGGGGAGCCUUCAUCAAGACCAGGAGUCCGGCGGCAGUGAAGAGCGCGGAGGCGUCGCAGCAGCAGCACAGGGAGAAGAAGGGACGCUAGUCCACCCGGGGAUGCAGCGCUCUAGUCCCUUCCCCUGCGAGUCGCCUCUAACGCCACCAACGUCCAUGUAUGCCACUACCGGUGCUGGUGCUGGCGCCGGUGCUGAUGCUGCCGCCCCCGGUACAAGGCCGGGAUCGUUGAGGCCGUCUGUCAGCGGACUCUUGGCGGGACAUUCGUCGGGAAUUUUCUCGCGGCAAAGGGAGGACCGCGCUGAUUCCCUAGGUGACCGUUACAAGGGCACCAACGCCUUUCGUCGACAGCACCAGCAGCACGCGGCCAGGACGAGCAUCACCAGGAAUGCGGGUUAUGGGGCUGGAGACCGGUACGGGGAACGUUGCGGCACGAGGAGACCCUCACAUCAACUCGGGGCCGCGGAACGUUCGGGAUCAUCAUCGACGGCGAAGAGUGGUGCGUGCGUGAUUCGGUCAUUGCAAGGAGGAGGAGGAGGAGGAGGAGGAGGAGGAGGCGGAGCAGAAAGGUCGACAGAGAGAGAGGGCCGACAUGGAGGUGGUGGCGGUGCUGGCAGGCGGAGAGCCAGUCGGGUUGUCGAUCGUGGGCGAGAAUGGGAGGCAACUGCGAAGGAAGAAGGGCUUGGGGAGGACGGGGAGGAGCGCCGGAAGCAGAACGGUCGCGUGGCACAAAUCGCUGACGGUCUGAUUUGGGUACAGAAGCACCCGGUGCUUGCAGCGGUGAUCUGGAUGUGCGGAAAGGUUCUCGACCCCGGUCCGGACAAGUCAAAAGAUGCUGCUGCAGCUGACGCUACGGCAGCUGAAGGACAGUCAACACCCAAAGAAAGCCAUGGCCGACGAAAAGGUGCACUCUGUGACAUGACAUCACUCUUUGAUGUUCAGGACUGGAACGAUGUGAUACUCCUCUGGUUUUUGCGAUAUGCCCUGGAAUCAUGUAUGCCCUCCUUUUUGCUGCCUUAUACACUCAGCAUGUUCUCGUGAUCGCUGCUGUAUUGUUCCUCUGGGCUCCGACAAUCCCGCGCCCCUCCC